GAGUGGUCGUGACCUGCGGUCUUGGCGACGGGGCGUGACGAAGUCAGAAGGUGGCGGGAGAGGGCCGCACCGGAGCCCGGGGGAGGGCCUGGCCCGGAGGCCUCCACCCUGGCGUGCCCGCCGGGGCCGCGGCCGAGGAGGAAGAGGAUGAUCUCCAGAUACACCCGGAAGGCGGUGCCGCUGAACUCGGAGCUGAAAGGACUAGCAAAACAUGCUUUUACUUAUCAUCCUCUUCCAGAGCAGCCAGAUGAAGCUUCCUCUACAAAUGACAGCCAUGACAAAGAUACGAGCUCCCAAAGUGCAUCGGACAUCACACAAGAAUCACCUUUGACAUCAGCCGACACUGGAAUUUCAAGGUCUGCUCAUCUAAAUUGUAGAAAAACAAGGAUCUCUACUGAAGGCAGCUCGGACUUCUCUUGGGGAUAUGGUGAACUUGAUCAAAACGCCACUGAAAAAGUCCAGGCAAUGUUCACAGCCAUCGAUGAGCUCCUGUACGAACAGAAGUUGAGUGCACAGACUAAGAGUCUUCAAGAAGAGUGCCAGCAGUGGACAUGUAGCUUUCCUCACCUCAGGAUUCUGGGUCAGCAGAUAAUCGCUCCAAGUGAAGGUUAUGAACUUUAUCCUAGAUCCCCUUUGACUAUUUCGGCUCCAUAUGAGGCGGUGCUAUCUCAAGAAAGAGAUUCUACGAUAUUUGGUAUAAGGGGAAAGAAGUUACAUUUGUCAUCUUCUACUAUCCAGCAAGCAUCUUCCAUUGCCAAAUCCCCUAGCUUGUGUUCUUCAGAAGGAAGAGAAGAAUCCAUAAUCGUCUCUGAAGGAAUAGUAGAAGAGUACCUAGCAUUUGACCAUACUGAUAUGGAAGAGGAUUUUCAUGGGAAGAAUUCAAAGGUGGAGAAACAGAAAUCAGGGUACCCUCCCAUUGCUCCAUUUUAUUGCAUGAAAGAGGAUGUCCUUGCUUAUGUAUUUGACGAUGUGUGGAGCAAGGUCCUGGACUGUAUGGAACAGUUGACACGGAACCACUGGGAGGGAUUUGCUUCUGAUGAGGAGAGUAAUGUUGCAAUCAUCAGGCCAGCGUCAGAAAACCCUAUUGUGCUGAGUGAACCACAGCCUUCUGCGUUACCUCGAGUGUCACAAUCUAAGAUGCUGUCCAUCACCUCAAAUCUGAUGAGUCUCUCUCAAGCAGCAAGUGGUCAUCAGUCAAAUGUGAAUGGUCUCUUGGUUCAUGGGAUGCCUCUACAGCCAAGAUACCUCUCCUUAAUGGACAAAUUCCUAGAUAUUGAUGACAAACUACUUAUGAGGCCUGGGUCCAGUACCAUCCUUUCAACUCGAAAUUGGUCAAGUCGAACUCUGGAGCUUAGUACAUCAUCUCUGUCAUAUACAGUGCAGUCUGCCAGAAGACGCAACCCCCCACCACGGACGCUUCACCCCAUCAGCACAAGCCAUUCACGUGCGGGAACACCACGGCCUCUGGAAGAAAUUCUCAGAGGAUCCCGAGUUCCAGUGGCAGCCGACUCGCUCUCUUCUCCCUCACCAAUGCCCCUGAGUAGAAAUAACCUGCUGCCACCUAUUGGCACAGCUCACGUGGAACACUUGAAUGCUGUGGGACCACAAAGGCAAAAGACCACCCCUGGUGAUUCCAGCCGUGCUCGGAGUGCAGUGGUGGAUGAGCCUAAUCAUCAGCAGCCCCAGGAGAGACUCCUCCUCCCUGGCUUUUUCUCCAGGCCUAACACAACUCAGUCAUUUUUGCCCGAAACACAGUAUCACCGUUCAUGUGCUGUUGAGUAUCCUCAUCAAGCUCGACCUGGUAGGGGAUCUACAGGAACAGGUGAGGACGCAUCUAUCAUUUUAUGACAAGGUUCUCAGUUACAUGGGUCUACAAAAUCUCAGAACAGAGGCGGACCAAUCUCUAGGACCAGGCAGUGACCAUAGAGCAAAUGUGAACUUGCUUCAGGCAACAGGCAGCACAUGUGAAGAUUUUAUUAAUCAGUGUUCAGUCAUCUUGUAAUGCAGAACUUGAAUACAAGUGACAGCUUGGGGGCCAUCUUCAUGAGGUUAUUUUGGUACAAGUAACUAAGAAAAAAAUCUGCCAAAGAUCACCUGGGUAAAGUUAAGCCAUUAUAUUAGAUGGUAAAAUCUGUACCCAGAGAUGUUACAAAUAAUAAGCCCUAAAUCACUGCUCAAUGUUGUCUAUAAACAAGGACCAGUUCAGUUAUUGUAAGCUGUUAGACCAUAGAUACAUAAGAGGCAGAGUUCUUUUUGAUAAUGCUAUCACUGGCUGUGGACGACUUCUGCUUAUAUUAAUUUCUGAAGAGUUAUAUACUCAGCUCUAAAUUAUUUUUGGAGACAGUGCUGUCAAAAAUUGGAACUACUCAUUAAAUGGAAUUUCAUUUCUAAAGCUUUUUUCACAAUCCAAAGGCAGAUAGAUAGGGAAGGGGUGAGUGAAGAUAUGUGUUGCACACUUGUGCAAAGUAACAAAUGUAAUGACUUUCCCCCCCAGAAACUGCUCAACCUACACCACCCAUUUCUUAGGUUGUGCUGAUUUCUCUAGGUACUUUAUUGGUUAUCUCCCAAGUAUUUACCAUGAGGAAUUUGCCCCAGCAACUCUAUUAAAAAUAAUUUAUAGGAUAUUUUUUAAAAUUAGUGAGCUAGCAAGAUGCAAAUCCCUUAAAAUUUGGUAAUGAAUCCAGGAUAAACAUAUCCUAAGCACAGUGUAAGAGAAGUUCAUUUCCAAAUUUUACCUGAACCUUUUCCUAUGUGUACUCAUGAAUACAGCAGUGGUUUUUAACUGUUAAUUAAUUUCAUUUAAUUCUGAUUAUCAUCUGUUUUAGAUCUUACUGUUAGGCUUGAGAAGUGAAUACAUUCAAAUAAUCGUUAAGUUUGGGCAAAUUUUUAAUAAUAUCAAAGUGUUCUUAUGCUAUCAUAUGGAGUCAGAUACUUCCAACAACCUGCGUUAAAUUAUAUUUUUAGUACAAUUAAAGAAUAUUUUAACUUGUUUGUAAUCAUAAA